CUGCGCUGCACACGUUUGUUUUUCAGUGUAGAUAAUUAUUUAUAUUAUACUUGCUGUCUAGCCAACAUGUAACGGCUUUCAGUGUUCAAAAUAAUUAUUCAUUGUUGAGGAAAAAUACGCCAGUCCUCUACUGUACUUCGGAGCUAACAUUUCCUCUGCUGAACCACCUCAAGUCUCACCAUGAAUGUUACCAAGAGCGGUUAUCGUGUUUUCUCGGCAAACUCCACUGCCGCAUGUACAGAACUGGCCAAGAAGAUAACAGAGCGUCUGGGAGUCGAGUUGGGCAAGUCUGUCGUCUUUCAAGCAUCGAAUAGAGAGACAAGAGUGGAUGUAAAAGAAUCGGUCCGUGGACAGACAAUCUUCAUCAUUCAGACCAUACCACGAGAUGUGAACACGGCCAUUAUGGAGCUGCUAGUGAUGGCGUACGCCCUGAAGACGUCCUGCGCUAAGAACAUCAUCGGCGUCAUCCCGUACUUCCCCUACAGCAAGCAGUGCAAGAUGAGGAAGAGGGGAUCCAUUGUGUGUAAACUCCUGGCCUCCAUGUUGGCUAAAGCAGGUUUAACUCACAUCAUCACCAUGGACCUGCACCAGAAAGAGGUCCAGGGAUUCUUCAGCUUCCCGGUGGACAACCUGCGCGCCUCCCCCUUCCUGCUGCAGUACAUCCAGGAAGAGAUUCCUGAUUAUCGAAACGCCAUCAUCGUGGCCAAGUCACCAUCUGCAGCCAAACGAGCCCAGUCCUACGCUGAGAGGCUGCGUCUGGGCCUGGCCGUGAUGCACGGGGAGGCCCAGUGCGCUGAGUCGGACAUGGCCGAUGGACGGCACUCGCCCCCCUGCGUACGCAACCCCACCGGACACCCGGGGCUGGAGCUUCCUUCAGGCAAACAGCAGGCUCCGUUCCCUGGCAUAGAGCUCCCAAUGAUGAUGGCCAAGGAGAAGCCUCCAAUCACUGUGGUCGGAGAUGUCGGAGGACGCAUCGCCAUCAUUGUGGAUGACAUCAUAGACGACGUGGAGGACUUUGUCGCGGCGGCAGAGAUCCUGAAGGAGCGUGGGGCGUAUAAGAUCUACAUCAUGGCCACCCACGGCCUGCUGUCUGCAGACGCCCCGCGCCUCAUAGAGGAGUCCGCCAUCGACGAGGUGGUGGUUACCAACACAGUGCCCCAUGAGGUGCAGAAGCUCCAGUGUCCCAAGAUCAAGACGGUGGACGUCAGCAUGAUCCUGGCCGAGGCCAUCCGACGAAUCAACAACGGAGAGUCCAUGGCCUACCUGUUCCGCAACAUCACCGUGGAUGACUAGCGGAGACAGAGGUAGCGGGUUGAGAGAUGCAGCGGGAGCUGGGAGAGAGGGAUAUAAGAGAGAGGGGGGAGAUGAGAGAGUAGACAACAGAGAGAGGGAUAUGGAGAGAGGCAGAGCGUUGAAGAAAGUGGAAUGAAAUGAGAGAGGGGAGAGACUGACAGCAUAAAGAGACGGAGAUGAAAGAGGGCAGCGAGAGGAAGUCUGUGGAAAUGGCCAAGGCACACUAUUGUCAUGUUGCGUGUUCACUUCACCUCAAGAUAAAAUUUAUCUAAGCUCUUAACGCUAAAGUUACCCAUGAUGCACUUACUUUCAAUGGUCAAAACCAGCAACUGAAUUGCUCUAAAGUAGAGAGGUCUCAGUGUUUGUGAUUGGCCGGCAAAGCCAAGCUUUUGAAAACCUGAAAACAGCAGCAAGACUCGUAGAACGCUUCGUUUAAUGUCUUAUUAAUUUACUCUAAUAUUUGGUUUCCCUCUAUGAUAUCAGCACAUACGAAGAUUAACAUGCUGUCUAAUAUGCUGACUCGCUACUGAGUAAUAAACUUUCGACGGUCAACGAAAAGUAAAGUUUGUGUGAUGUUUUGAAGACCUGGACUUUUGGCUGGAGUUCCUGUGUGCCAGAUAAAUGUUUUUCUUUCUGUUUUUUUGUUUUUUGCCCUUGUGGUUCAGGGAUGUGUCUAUCACUGUGACUUCACUUGGAGAAUAGACUGCUUUCGCGACAAGCAGGGUCCCUCCUCUAAUAUCCACUUAAACCAAAUGCUGUUUAUGCACCAAAUUCUCUUUCUUAUUUUAGGAUUUGCGUCAUUUGGCACGUAUGAUUUGUGAGGAUGUUUAUCAUGUAUGGCGUCAAUAAUAAACACAUUUCGAUGUUUUUACCGGCUCCUGGCUGAUAUCGGUACUGAGCUGUCCUUGUACUGAAGUGAUGUGUUUGUCAAUAUACUUGAUUAAACAGUGGCUGCCAAAGCCAAGAGUGAAUUCAUGCUCCUUUCAAAAUUGAGUUAAAUUUGUAAUGCUUUUAUACAUGGCUGCUUAUCACUAUUUCUACGCCAACCCGUUUUUCAAUUUGAUUGUACUUGCAUGAUAUGAGCAAUACAAAGUGCUGGAGGAUAACGCAUAAAAGCAAAAUUAUUUUUAUUUACAAUGUUGUUCUCAAUGGAAGUAUAUAGUAAGGCAACAAGUAAUGGCAACAAUGACAACAUACAUCAACUGGCAUCAUUAUUUGCAAUACUAUUACAACUAUUGUUUGAUAGGAUUGCUAAAAUAUAAAUGGGAUUACCUGCUAAAAGAUAAGUACAGUUUUACAUUUGUUUAAUAAAUAGGGAAUAGUAGUCUAGAAAUUAAAUGUAUUGCCCUACCAGCGUCUAUUCCAUAGAAAGGGUUUUAGCUGUGUUUGGAAUGUCUGCUUGGACCGGGAAAGCUUAUUGUCUCAGGGAAGCUUAUUUCACAUUUGUGGAAUAGCCUUGUAUGGAUGUAUUGAUUCUACAAUUAUGUGUAUCGGUCUGUUAUAUAAAUUACUGAAAGAUGAGUCAAUAGCGUUUUGGUGUUGUGCUCUAAAAGCUCUUUGUGAAAGCAAAUUAAAUCUUUAUUAAGAAAUUAAGUGAGGAAGAAAUGAUCCCAUCUACAUAUUGGAAAGUUAAAUCAAUUAAGUAUUGUUUGAAAAGGGCAAUGCUAAGUAUCUUUUCAGGCCUGGUGGCAAUCGAGAUUCCUUGUACAAUCCCCACUGUACACAGUUUGAAAAUGAAAUAUUGGCUUUGAUUAUAUAAACACAGUAAGCAGCACACGGUAGGCCUACCAAAAAUACUUGUUUUAUUGUAUUAUCGUGUUCCUAGUCAGUAAAGUAAAGUGAGCUUGGUUUUAAAUGAGGCACACUUUCUGUCAAACAGACGAUAUAAUUCCUAUCUACUAGGCUGUUAUUCUCAAAAAUAACGCUAGUAUACUCAUGCAUAGAGGAAUAUAAUUAUUUAUUUAUAUGAUUACAAUUUCUCAUAUUUCUGCAUUCCUCUAAUUAUAUGAUUAAUCCAUCCACAUGCAACUCGUUGCCAUGUGAAUUUCAAACAGUUUAGCCUGUUGGUACUCCAGCUGCAGUUUAGUGACGCAUCGUUGAAGUAGAUCUGAGCACCAUAACCACCAGUCCACCACGACAUUGCCCCAGACCCUGUACUUGUUCCAAACAUCUCAGAGGUUCAAGUAAGCCUGAGGAGCUUCGACCAAGUCCAGGGGCAGAGACACUAUGGGGCCUAAACUGCAGAGAAACACAAAGACAUAUCGACGUCAAACAUGAUAGUUUUGGCCUUUCUACUCCUAGGAGUCAUGAGGAAACGCAUAAAAGAUUUUAGAAGUUGUCCAGAUAUCAAAACAUAUUUUUUUUUACUUACAGCAGGGUUGUGUAGUAAGGUUGUCGAUUCCAACCAAAAAGGCGCCAUAUAGAAAGAUGCCUUACCCCUUCCUUCUGUGCCGUCAUUGACUAAAUUGACAAGUCGCUUUGCAUAAAAGCAUCUUUCAAACAAAACAAAAUACGAAAGUCUGCUAAAUAAACAAAUAGUGACUAGCAUGUUCUUAUAAGUUAAGCAGAAAAGGCUCUUGUCCAAUACCUGAGCUUGUGGCGUGACAUGCUGCCGUGUGUCUGGGGAGAGAAAGGAGUGUUUGAAAUCAGGAGUGUGGCUAGGACGGUCGUGGCAGCUGUGAGUUAACCUCUGCAGAAAGAGGAAGCAGGCACCUGACAAGCACAGGUCACUUCCCUCUCGGAGGUGAGGGUAACAAAGCACCUUGUUGCUAUACAUGGCUCCAGAGAGGAACCGUUACUGCCUGUCUGUCUGCCUUUAAUUCCAUUUGCCUGGGUGUCGGCCUCUCUUCGUCAACCGCUUCUAACUGGCCUGGCAGGUCAAUCAGUCU